CCACAGGUGGUUAAAUACAGCAGCUGAUACAUCUUUGUCUCGGAGACAGGUUAUGCAGAGAACAACGCUCAACUUGUGAAAAUUUUACAAUACACUAACAGUGCAGAUUGUCCUGGAGCAUCAUUCUUUUGCGUCAUAUUGUGGCUUGUGCUGUAAUCAGUGUCUCCAUGUCAUCACUGUGCCUCAGCAGUGUCCUGACUUGUGCCAACCUCACCAUGUAUCAGACUGGCAUAUCUGAUGUCCUUCCACAGCAAUCCAGUGUGCUGCCCAGCAUCAAUACCUUGCAGGUCAGCAAUCCAGGGUACAGCUCCAACAUGAACGUUCAGUGGUACAGGCAGAUAAGCCCUCAAAGUUGGACAGCUGACAAUGUUCUGGAGUGGAUCAGCAACCAAGUAGAGAGCACCAAAUUUGAUGCGAGCACCCUAAAUUUGGCCUACUGCACCAUGGAUGGCCCCACCCUCUGUCAGAUGAACAGGGACCAGAUGAUUGGACUCUUCGGCCCGCAACUUGGCGUACACCUCCAUCAGAGUCUGCAGGACCACAAGACCAAAUAUGAUCUGCAGAGCUUGUCAGGACCAGAGCUGAAUGAGACCUGCCAGCUCUUGGACAACUUCCUGGAUAACCUAAACUUCCCUCUGCUCAGCACCAUUAGAAUUGGGCAAGCUUCUGAGGAAGAUGUCAGCAAGAGUGAGUUUGACUACAGUGAAGAUUAUGACCUGACCAGUUUGACCAUGGAGCCCAUGACACCUCUGGAAGACACAGAGUACCUGUCUGAUAAUCACUCUGACAGCGAGUACAGCUCCUCCUCCAACAGUGGCAUGUUUGGCUUUUCAAACCUCAGCUCACCAGAGUCUGGCAGUGGUGAAUCAGACCCAGAGUUCUCCUACCCUCUGAUUUCAAAAGCACACAUCAAGACAGAGAAAGGGGAUUCUCGACUGAAGCGACCACGGGGACGACCUCCUAAACUCAGUGGAGAGCACAACAGUAGCAUUUAUGCCAGUUCAAAGAAAAGCAAACACGCGCCUCGUGGUACUCACCUGUGGGAAUUCAUCAGGGACAUUCUCAUCCAUCCAGAGAGAAACCAAGGACUGAUGAAGUGGGAGGACCGCCGUGAGGGUGUCUUUAAGUUCCUCAAGUCUGAGGCUGUGGCUCAGAUGUGGGGCCAGAAGAAGAAAAACAGCAGCAUGACAUACGAGAAACUCAGUCGUGCCAUGAGGUAUUACUAUAAGAGGGAGAUCCUGGAGCGAGUGGAUGGCCGAAGGCUUGUAUACAAAUUCGGCAAAAACUCCAGCGGGUGGAAGAUUGAGGAGAUUGGCAAGGGCAUGUGAGGCAUGAGUCACAGAGCAGGUAGAAACCAAAAGUCAAUCAGAGCGAUUGUUCAGGAACUAGAAAUACUUGUGUGGCCUGUCCUGAAAAAAAACCCUUGCCACCCUCUCAGAUGUUUAAGACACUAACUUCCUUGUAGAAGGAAGGUGUUACAGAAAAUGUAAGCCAGUGUUUUUGGCUGUAGUAGGUUUUAUGAACCAAUAUUAAAGUUCUACCUGUUUUAUGUUUUUGAUUUAUAUCACUUAAAAAAACUUAUCGUGUUUAGUAACUAAAAUGGAAAUUGUUUUUGUUGUGAGUUUGUCUUAGCACCUAGAACCUGAUGAAGCAAACUUUACAGUUCUAGAGAAAUCACUCUGGUGUUUGCAUGCAAGUUUUUUUUGUUUGUUUGUUUUGUUUUUUUUACUGAUACUGGACUCAGACUCAGCCACAUCCGAGAUUAUGGCUUCACUUUGGUAUAGGGGCAUUAAUGACUUUAUUGUGGCACUUGAUAUAUUACGUUCUUUUCCUUCUUAUUUUCAUAUCACAGCCAUAUUAUCAGUUUUCCUUGUAAAUGUUAAAUCACUUGUGGAGCUGAAUAUAGGACCACAUUUGAUCACAUCUUCUAAAGGUAAACUUAAUCUGAAAGACCAAGACAUGACAGGGAGAGAUAAACGUAGGUGAUGCCUUUUCACAUAAUAUAGUAACAAUGUGCACUACAUGUCUAUUGGUAUCACUUAUUAUAAAGUGUGUUUAUACAAUGUUUAAGUGAAAAAAUGUUUAAGAGUGACUAGAUCAUAUCUUGUGAUGUCAUAUGUAUAGUUUGUAUUAAUCAAACAGAAAUCAGUUGCACGUUGUUUGUGUGAUUAUGUUAAUGUGAUUAAUCCAGUCUGCUGUCAUCCAGUUUGGGUUGAUAAAUGUAUAUGUCUGUGAAUUAACCAUAUCAUUCAUGAUAUUACUUCAUUAUUGGAAUAAUGUUUCAUAUAAAUAAAUUUUGAUAUAUUU